CACAAAAAGAAUGCAAUUUUUUCAUGGAAGCACCGCGCUGACUCGCUAUUUGGAACUUCUCAGUGGGUAUACCAAAAACACCAUCACAUUUUGGGAUUGCAACAGAACGCCUUCAAGCUAUUACAAAAAACAGUUGAACACCACAAGAAUAGUUCGACUGUUCUUAAGACAAGAUUAGACGAGGAUGCUUGGACAAAACCCAUAUCUCACCAUAUACCAAGAAGAGACUUUAGAGGAUCGUUCCCCAACGAUAACAAUAUUGAUAAGAUGCCUGUAUUCAACUCUUUUACAUUAUAUGUAUAUGCAGUAUGUAAUAAUAGAC